AUGGAGACCUACUACGGACACGUCCGCACCCCGGCGGAUGCUAUCAUUCUCUUCGAGGCUUGUCGCAUGGGUCUGUUGCCUCGAGUCCAGCGUCGGCUAUCAGAGAAGGAGCGACAAUCAAUUCGAUCGGGCUCAGUAUUCGUGUGGGAUGAGCGGGAAGCGGGCAUGCGACGCUGGACCGAUGGCAAAUCAUGGAGUGCCAGUCGGGUUUCCGGCAGCUUUCUGACUUAUCGCGAGAUGGAGGGCAAGCGCGGUGGUGGCAGUGUGCCGCAGAGUUCAGUGUCGCGGGCCGGAAAGACGCCCGAGAGCAGGGGCAGCGAUGAGGAGCGAGGGGACGGAACCGACGAGGGCCCUGAUGGGUAUCGGUAUAAGCCGGAUGGCCUGAUGAAGCAGUCCUUCAGUAUCACCACUUCCACGGGCCAGCACCUUCACCUGAUCAGCUACUUCUCUCGCUCUCACCCCGCGGCGAACAACCUGCAACAACCCACCACCGACCCUGCGCUGCGACAUGUCCGGCCCCAGAAAGGCCUGUACCCCGAGUCGACCGUCAAUGACCAGCAAAAUCUCCCAGUGGUUACUCGGGGGCCCAUGGCGGGCGCUGCGGCCUAUCCCAUUACUCCUCAUCCCAUCGGCGCGUUCCCACGCACCAACCCCACCCACAACCAGUCGUAUACUCAACUCCAUCACCCUUGGCCUCUCACACCACUGGCGACUCCACCAACAGUCGCUGUGCCAUAUCCUGGUACUGCCUAUUUACCACCAGUUUCUAAUGGGGCUUCCCCGUACGGGCCACCACAACACCAGCAGCCCCCUCACCUCCAGCAACCAGCGCACGCUCUGCCACCCCCACCUCAUGGAAUUCCAGGUCCUUACGACAGGCCCGCUCAUCCCGAGUCAGCAAUGCCACCUGCGGGUCCCCCUCCAGCGGGACCACCGGUCUAUCCCACACGAUCGCCUCGGUCCCUGCACCAGCCACCGCCAGAGCAGAGGAGCCCAGGGAUGUACGGACCCGCCGCGGCAGAUCCUCGCCUGGCCUCACCCAGAGUCCCGGUUGGAGCAGCUUCGCAGGCUAACGGAGCUAUGCACAGCCCUCAUAUGCUGAAGCAGACUGCUCCUAGUGCAGUGCAACAACUCGGACACAUUGGCGCGUCCCCGAAGCCGGAACCAGGUACUGUGCCUGGGAUUGGUUCCUUAAUGAGUGGAGCCUCGCUCGCACCGAUCACUUCGGCUGGUGCUCCUGCCCCUGGACCUGGAAGCCCCCCUGGUGCUCGAGCGCCUCCCACUAGUCAAGGACCCCGAGAUAUUCCCAACGAAAAGAUUGGGUUUGGAGGAGAGGACAUGAGAGCACUGCGCCAGCUGGACCGUGUGUUCAUUUGA